ACGUUGGCAUCUAGGUCACGUGCCAAUCCCGAUACGGCGAGAGAGCAGGCGCUUGUGACGCCGCCCGGAACGACGAACAGAUUGCUGUUUCCAGCCGGAAGACUUUGGAAGGAGUGCCCUCCGGAUCUGAUGUCAAUCACACUGAAGGGGAAAACUGACUUUUUUUUCGCGGAGGGAGUAGGGCGUUCGUGGGAGCCGAGCUUGAAGAAGCGACGGGUGCCUCGUUGGGCUUUGGGCGGAGAAAAGUAUUAGGCUGACGAAGACGAGGUUUCCCUGUUCUGUCAAAGAAAUGGGGAGACAUCAGUUUUUGGAACUUGCAGCACAGCAACUGGCACAGGCCUGCCCAGCCCAAGCACGCUUUUUACGAUGGACACUGAGCAACAUAGAAGGUAAGAAACCGGAGAAUGCUAGCUGGAUCUGCGCGUUUUGUUACCAGUCGCUUCUUCCUGGUAAUUACAGGGUCCGUCUAAUGCCCAAAAUAAAAAUAACUCCCCGGAUAGAGAAAUUACUUCACAGGGAAAGAAAAAACUACAGACUCAAUUUAAAACAAACAAAGAUUUUGGAGAAGUACAAAGAAUCAACAAAUAUUCUGUUAAUAACCUGCAACGUGUGUGGAAAAACAGCAAAGCAUAAUGGAAACAGUAGGAGGACGUCAUGGAACAAAACUACCCCUGCCAGCCACAAUUGGCCUAGAUCAAAAAGAGAGACUCCAUUCUCAAGUCCAAGAAUUUCUACAUCUGGACAAUCAACUCCUGGCUCCUCCUCCAAAAAUGCCAAAGCCCACUUCACACAGUUGAAAAGACUGCUUUGCCUUGAAGAAGAGAAACAAACGAAUAAGAAAGACCUGAAAAGCUUCUUGUUGUCACUUUAGAAUCUUAACAUUAUUAAUAUUCCUUAAUUAUAGCUGAUUAAAGGAGUCUAUCUGUUAAUAAAAAUGAUACCUUAUUUGGAAGGGAAUAUCAAUGGGUAAAUACAGAUAUAGUAUGACUAGAGGAGCAAUUGUUGACAUUUUCUGUUCCUUCCCAAACAUUGCUAAAUGUAUGCAGCAGCACUGCUUGUAUAUUGUCUGUACAAAUAUAUUCUAUUUAUUUAGCUUUUUAAAAUUUUAAUAAGAAUUUUCAACACUGCAGUUUGAUCUUCUGUUGUCUUUGACCAUUUCUUUUCCAUGAAUGAAUUAAAUAAUUGCAUAUCUGUUCUAGAACAGGUCGAAAUAAGCCAUUGAUGCGGCCCACAAAGGGCUGCCAGUGCUGCUACCCACCAGGACUUCACCCUCCCUGGUGUGUGUAAGGAAGGAAAAAAGAGAAAGAAAGAGAAGAGGGAGAAAGAAAGGUAGGAAAGAGGGAAAGAUGGAGGAAGAGGAGGGAGGGAAAGGGAAGAAGGGAGAAAAAGGAGAAGGAAGGAGGGAGGAGUGGAAAAGGAGGAAAGGGAAGGAAUAAGGAAGAUGGAGAAAGGAAGAAAUACCAAAAAAGGAAGUAGGGAGAAAGAGAAGGAAAAAGGGAAGGGAAGUGGGGAGAAAAAGGGAAAGGAAGGGAAGUAGGGAGAAAGAGAAGGAAAAAGGGAAGAAAAAUAGCGAGUGAGGGAGAAAAGAAAGAGAAGGAGGGAAAAGAGGGAAAGAAGAGGUAGAAAAAAGGAAGGAGGGAGGAAGAUAGGAAGGAAAGGGAGAGAGAAAGAAAAAAGGUAGGGAGAGGAAUGAAGGGAGGUAGGAAAAUGAAGGAAGAAAGGAGAGAAAAGGAAGAAAGGUAGAGAAGAAACAGAAGGAAGAAAAAGGACAAAAAGGGAAGUAGGAAAAAGGGAAAAAAUCUAAAAGUGUACUGUAGUGGUUUGAACCUCGGAGUACAAUUCUUUUUUUU